AUGGAGGUUAACACUAAAUGGGAAUUUUCUGAUUCAUCCUCCACAGACCCUCCAAAGACAUAUGUGACCCAUCACCCCAUCUCUGACCAUGAGGUCCCCCUGAGGUUUUGGGCCCUGGGCUUCUACCCUGAGGAGAUUUCACUGACCUGGCAGCAUGACAUGGAGGACCAGACCCAGGACAUGGAGCUUGUAGAGCCCGGGCCUUCAGGGAAUGAAACCUUCCAGAAAUGGGCGGCCCUAGUAGUCCCUUCUGGAGAGGAGCAGAGAUACAGGUGCCAUGUGCAGCACAAGGGGCUUCAGGAGACCCUCACGCUGAGAUGGGUACCUCCUCGGCCCUCUGUCCUCAACGUAGACAUCAUUGUUAGUCUGGUUCUACUCAUGGUCAUUGGAGUUUUGGUAACUGGAGAGUUGCACUUUAAAGAAAACUGA